AUGUCUACUAAAUUAAAUAAACUUUCUAACGAAAAAAGUCCAUAUUUAUUGCAACAUGCGACAAAUCCUGUUGACUGGUAUCCAUGGGGCAAGGAAGCGUUUAAGACAGCUAAGGAGGAAAAUAAAUUAAUAUUUUUAAGUGUCGGAUAUAGCACUUGUCAAGAAGUCCAGCCCGAUGUUGAUCGUAUGUAUAUGACUUAUGUUCAAGCAUUGACAGGGCAUGGUGGAUGGCCUAUGUCAGUAUUUCUGACUCCUGAAUUAUAUCCAAUAUUUGGUGGAACUUAUUGGCCUGCACAAGAUCAACCAGGAUUUCCAUCCAUUCUUAAAAGAAUAUCAGCAUUGUGGAAACAAAAACCUGACGAUUUAAGAAAAGCUGGCGAAGAAACAAUUCAACAAUUACAAAAUUUAAGUAAAUCAGAAGGAGGCGAGCUUUCUAAAGAAUUAAAUGUUAAAAUUGCCAACAAACUAUAUCAAAAAUAUUUGAAUUUGUUUGAUGAAAGCCAAGGUGGAUUUGAUGAUGAGCCAAAAUUCCCAACACCUGUUAACCUUAACUUCUUAUUACGUUAUUAUUACUAUCAAAUGUCUGAACUUGAUAGAUCAUAUGAAAAUUACCCGACAAUAUCAAUUAAUGAAAUUAAAAGAAUCGGCAAUUCAUUAGGGAUUGAUUUUAAAGAUUUGCAUAAUGAAGCUGAGUACGUUAAUAGAUUUAAAUCAACUGUUGAGAAUCGUAAAAAUAAUGCACAAAAGGCUUUGGAAAUGGUUAAAUUCACAUUAAAGCUUUAUGACCAAGCACAAUUGCUAAUGAGUUAUGUUGACGUAUAUUUAAUUACUAAGGAUGAUUAUUAUGCAGAGGUUGCAAGAGACAUUAUUAACUAUGUGGAAAGAGAUUUAAGAGAUUCUAAGUGCGGUGGAUUUUAUUCUGCUGAAGAUGCUGAUUCUUAUCCAUAUGAAGGAGCUGAGCAUAAAUUGGAAGGGGCAUUUGCUGUAUGGGAAGAAUUGGAAAUUAAAAGACUUUUAGGUGAAAAGGAUUCGGAAAUAUUUUGUUGGCAUUUUGGUGUAAAACCAAAUGGUAAUGUUGAUCCAGAAAAAGAUAUUCAAGGUGAAUUAAAAAAUAAGAAUGUUUUAAUUGAACGUUAUUCACUUGAAGAAACAUCAAAAAAAUAUGAUAUCUCGGCAGACGAGUUAAAAACAAUUUUAACUGAAUCAAAACAAAAACUUGCAAAAUACAGAUUUGAAAAAAGACCUAAACCUCAUCUUGAUGAUAAAAUUAUAACAGCUUGGAAUGGUUUAAUGAUUUCUGGCUUAUCAAAAGCUUAUGACAUAUUAAAAGUUUCGAACUUCCUCGAUUUAGCAAGGAAUUCAGCAAAAUUCAUUAAAGAAAAUAUGUAUGACAAUGACAAGAAAAUUUUAUUAAGAAGUUUUAGAGAAGGUCCAAGUAAUGUGCAAGGAUUUGCUGACGAUUAUAGUUUUUUUAUUGCAGCUCUAAUUGACUUAUAUCAAUCAACAUUUGACGAAUCGUAUCUUAGUUGGGCAGUUGAAUUGCAAGAAACUCAAAAUAAAUUAUUUUAUGAUAAAGAAGGCGGUGGUGGAUUUUUUAAUGUUGCAGAAGGAACUAGUGACAUCUUGGUUAGAUUGAAAGAAGAUUACGAUGGCGCAGAACCCUCUGCAAACUCGGUGGCAGUUAAUAAUCUUUUAAGACUGGGAAACAUACUUUGUAACACCGAUUAUAUAAAUAAAGCUGAAGAGACAUUAAAAUUAUUUGCUGGAAGAUUAAACAAUUCUCCUCACGCCAUGCCAUUUAUGAUGUCAAGUUUAUUUUUAUAUUACAAAGGAAUUAAACAGAUAAUGGUUUUAGGCGCAGAAAAAAACGAUCCACAAAUUCAAAAAUUUAUUCAGUGUAUAAAUAAUCAUUUUGUACCUAGUAAAACAUUAUUGUUAAUAACAAAAGAUAAAAAUCAACAAGAAAUCUUGGAUUUAUUUAAAUGUAAUGAAAUUAUUCAAAGUUUUAUUAAAUCAAUCGGAGAAAAUGAUGGAAACAGCAUUAAUAGUGUGCAUAUUUGUGAAAAUUUCACUUGUAGUAUGCCUAUUGAUAGUCUUGAUAUAUUGGAGGAGUCUUUAAGAAUUUAA